UGAACUCUUCAAGUCUGCAGAAAAAAAUGGCCUCCAAUAAAACUACAUUGCAAAAAAUGGGAAAGAAACAAAAUGGAAAAAGUAAAAAAGUUGAGGAAGCAGAACCUGAAGAGUUUGUGGUAGAGAAAGUACUGGACUGACGUGUAGUGAAUGGGAAGGUGGAGUAUUUUCUGAAGUGGAAGGGAUUUACAGAUGCUGACAAUACAUGGGAACCUGAAGAAAAUUUAGAUUGUCCAGAGUUAAUUGAAGCAUUUCUUAAUUCGCAAAAAGCUGGUAAAGAAAAAGAUGGUACAAAAAGAAAAUCUUUAUCUGACAGUGAAUCUGAUGACAGCAAGUCAAAGAAAAAAAGAGAUGCUGAUGACAAACCUAGAGGUUUUGCUAGAGGUCUUGAUCCUGAACGAAUAAUUGGCGCCACAGAUAGUAGUGGAGAAUUGAUGUUUCUCAUGAAAUGGAAAGAUUCAGAUGAGGCUGACUUGGUGCUGGCAAAAGAGGCAAAUAUGAAAUGUCCUCAAAUCAUCAUUGCUUUUUAUGAAGAGAGGCUAACUUGGCAUUCUUGUCCAGAAGAUGAAGCUCAAUAA